AUGUUUCAAUCUUUCCGAUUUCUUUGCUUUCCAUCUCAACAGGGUUCUAAAGAUAUAGAUCCUGCAGAUAAUGCACACAUUAUACCUCGGCUGAGAUCAAUUCGCCGAGCAACCAACUAUGCUAGUAUCCCCCGUCGGGUACGGGAGAAAGCACUCUCCCGCGAGAAGAGUGUAUCAUCUACCCCUUCUGGUCGAAUUUCAGCUCAUCCCUCGCGUCCACAAUCGCCAUUGACAGGGACAAUUAGCACAUGCUCUUCCAUAUUCAUAUCCGAUGCAGACUCUCAAAUCACAGCAACCUCUGCAACCAGUGAAAUUGCUUCCUCUUUCCCGGGGCAGCUUGUAAAGUUGCCUGCCACAGGCACUAUACCUUCUAAGGAUAUCGACACACCGUAUGUUUCGAUUCUGCAGGAAGAUGGCACACUGAAACCGCCACAAAUUAUCUUUGACGGCUAUGGAGCCUAUGGGGGCCGGUUUGCACCUGAAUCCAUCAUAGGUUUCCUGACCAAUCUGACCUCAUUCUUCGAGACUGCUGUCUCCGACCCCUCUUUCUGGGCUGAGUUCGCCACAUACCAGCGUGCCCAGCCCACCCCGCUGCAGAUAGCAAGCAAGCUCACGGCCCGGGCUGGCGGCGCCACCAUCUGGUUGAAGCGAGAGGAUCAAAAUGACUAUGGGAGUCACAAAGCCCGCAACAUCAUCGGUCAGCUUCUGCUCGCCCGCCGCAUGGGCUUUACCGAGAUCGUCACCGACUGUGCAGCCGCAAAACACGGUAAUUUUACCGCGGCUAUGUGCGCACGCAUGGGACUGCGCUGCGUUAUUCUCAUAGGCAUGGGCUCUCUGCGCGCUGCAAUCACAGAGGCACUCCGCUAUUCAGUCUGCAACUACGAAUCCACGUACUACCUCAUGGGAGGACCAGUGGGCCCGAAUCCUCUGCCAACCAUAACACGCACGUUCCAGGCACUCCUAGGCGAGGAGGUCGCGGCCCAGAUGUACGAGGCGGCUGGUUGCCAGCCAGAUGCUGUCGUCACCGCUGUUGGCAGUGGGAGUGGCGCUGUUGGACUUUUCAGGCCAUUCCUUCAGAAUCGGAAGAUCAGAUUGAUUGGUGUGGAGGCUGCCGAGGCUGCUGCACUCACAGAGGGAGAGCUUGGUGUGCUUCAGGGGUCACGAACUUUAAUGCUCCAGAAUGAGGAUGGGCAAAUUCGUGACGCUCACUCUAUCUCACCAGAUCUCAAUCUCUCGACCGUGGGGCCUGAGCUAGCCCAUUGGAAGGACUGUGGUCGUGUUGAAAUCCAAACCGCUACUGAUGCGGAUGCCCUGGAUGGGUUCAAAACCAUGCAACACCACGAGGGGAUUCUGGCUGGGCUGGAUUCCAGUCACGCAGUACGAACCACCCUUGAUCUAGCAGAGGAGCUUGGACCUGGUAAGAAUGUUGUUCUGUUAGUGACGGGCUGUGAUGCUAUUGGUCUCUGGGGGGUUAACGUUUGA